AUGUCUUCUCUACUGUCUUUGCCUAAGGAUUAUGUACCCUUGGUUGUUACUCCGGGCGAUAUGAAACUUGCGAGCGUUGCCUGGGGUUUUACGCUUGGAGUUGGGGUUCUCACUUGCUGGAAGGCACUUAAGCAGACCCAACGGAUCGUGAGAGCGAAACGUCGCAAAUCUGUCUAUGUAUGGAUGAUAUGGUGUGAGAUCGCAGCCUGUCUCGUGUUUAGCGUCCUCUGCUGGCUACAUUUAAAUGGCAAUAUCCCUCCUAGUUUUGGGUUCUACUUCGGUAUCUUAACCUGCUGGUCCCUCCAAGUCCAACUCCUCCUCCAGAUCAUCAUCAACCGAAUCGGCAUAAUUGAAACCAACACGCGACGCAUCACCGUCCUUAAAUGGGUCGUCGCCGGCAUCGUCACGGUCAUCAACAUCUCCGUGUACUGCAUCUGGAUCCCCGCACGCAUGCAAAUCUCUCCGGCGUACAUAAACAUCAACGACAAAUGGGACCGUUGCGAGAAAGUGAUUUAUCUGAUUGUGGACAUGUUCUUGAACUGGAGUUUUAUCUAUACGGUCAAGCGGAACUUGGUGAAGAUGGGAUUGGAGAAGUAUAGGAGCUUGGUGCAUGUUAACAUUGCCAUUGUCCUGCUGAGUUUGAGCAUGGAUGUUUUGAUUAUCGGGAUGAUGAGUCUUAAUAAUACCUUCGUAUACUGCCAGUUCCACCCUUUGGCCUACAUUGUUAAACUCCACAUCGAGCUCCACCUCGCCGAGCUGAUCGCCCAGAUCGCCCAGCGCAAAGACCGCGUCGUCAACGCCUUCUCGGACUCCAACCCCAAGCACCACCGCUCGUCGUCGAAAACUUUCCCCAUCCCCCUCAAUCACCUCUCGUCCUCAACCAAGAAUCAAGAUCUUGAUUCCCAGACCCGGAAGCACGGUAUGAGUCAUGGACAGGGCAUCAUGAAGACGCAGGAUGUGAGUGUGAGUGUCGAGACGUAUAGUAUUGGAAAGGAAAGCACGACUACUAGUGGGGAGGUGGGCGAUUUCGAGGGCGGUUUUGGUAGGAGUGGGCAGGGGUUAGCUUCUAGUAGUACGAUUGUGGGGGGGAAGUGGAUGAAGAGUGAAACUAGUGUUGGAGGGGAUGAGGAGCCAUUGACGGAGAUUAAGACGUGGGAGAAGGAUGUGGAGAUGAGGGAGGGGGUGAGGUUCCCUUCUUAA